AUGGGGGCCAUGAAGCGGGCAAGCACUCUGCGUCUGCUCUCGGACCUGAGCGACUUCAGUCACGCGAGCCGGCUCCGUGAAAUGCUGGCGGAGGAGCCUCUUGCCCGGGUCCGCGCCAGCCCGGACGGCCGCCACCUGUUGCUCCUGCGCCCACCAGGCUCUCCCGUCCCACUGCUGCUGGUGUCCAGGAAGGGGGCGGGGCUGGGGCUGGGGCUGGAACCCUCCUGGCCAGCUGGCCAAGGCCCGGUGCUGGAUGCCUUCUUUCUAAAGUGCCCGGGCUGGGCUGGUAGCCCACGUCCCCUGCUUGCCUUGGUGUGGGCGAGCGGGCGGGCUGAAAUUUGGAGCACUGGAGUGCACCCAGGUUGGCAGCUGCUGCAGCAGGCCGAAUUAUGUGUGAGUAGCAAGGCCAGGGUGAUGGCUGCUGCGGCCGUCGGGAACCGACUAGUGUGGUGUGAAGAGCGGCCAGCCAGCACUGAGGCUGUAGCUGGAUCGGUACAGGCUGCCUUCAGUCACUGUGUGUGCACUCGGGCUCUGGAACCCCACGGAGAGAGUGGUGCCAUCCUGGGUGCCCCCAAGAUCCUGCUACACCACUGCCCUCAUUUCCAGCUGUUAUCUUCCCAUACUGACUUCUUCAUGGUGCCUACAGCUACUACCUGGCACAGCGUGGCCCACAUCUUGCUCAUCUGGUACCCCAGUACAGGCAGGAUAACUGUAUCUGUCCCUGCUCACAAUCUCACUGAGAGCAGGAAUUUGAGCCCUAAAGGGAGAGACUCCUGGGAUUUCAGGGCCCUACUUCAAGGAGUACCAGGUUUGCUUUGUGGUGGGGAACCCCUAGACAUCCACACCUGUGUCCCUGCUCAGGGGAGCCUAUUGGUGCUGAGCCCAAAGGGGGAUGUGAGUCUCAUCCGGAGGGACGGAGGAGCUAGAGCUGUGGGUAUCUUGAAGUGUGGGCUGCUUAGCCAAGGGGUCCCUGUGUCUUUGGGUGUCUUCAGCAACACCCUAGCCUGUAUACUGGGCUCUGGACUCGAGCUGCUCGACUUGAGCACUGGUCGGCUUCUAGAAAGAAAGGUCUUAAGCACUGACCGAGUCUAUCUGCUAGAGCUCUCCGCCCCAGAGAUUGAUGAGGAAGAAGAGGAGAAUAAAGGUGGGCUGAGACUGCUCUCUGCAAGUGGUCUAUUCUCUAUGUCUUGGGAGGUGGGAAGAGAGGUUGAGUCGCCAAUCGCAGAGGACUUGGUGUUUGAAGAGGCCUGUAGCUACUAUCAGCGGAGGAGUUUAAGGGGAGCUCGGCUAACGAUUGAUGAAUUGAGAAAAGGUAGCACUUUUCAAGCACCAUUGGCCCUAGCUGCUGUUCUCCAAGGUCACCGACCUCCAAACAGGCUACUGACGGAUUUGCAAGCUGAGCUAAGGGACUACCAUGGCCUAGAGCGGCUUAAGACUCGACUAGUAGCUGGGGAAGGGCAGGAAGAAGGCUGGACAGACCUGGUUGAAAGAGAGGUAGAGAGGCUGCUCCGGUCAGAUCUGAUGGGGGACAAACUGCCCCAGCUCAAUGCUAUCUUUUCUGUCUUCCCUGCUGCUGCCUGGGGUUCUACCCGCCGGGCCCUACAGCUACAACUGGAUAAAGCUGGCCAGCUGAAGUCCCAGGCCCCUUCAGACUUGUGGAAGAAGGUUCUAGCAGACACUGGGACUGAUGGUGCACUGCCUCCCUUUGAACUCCUGUGCCAAUGCCUUUGUCGGCUAGAGCCAUGUUGGUUGCCACCCUUUGUAGAAUUGGCACAACAGCAGGGGGGCCCAGGCUGGGGGUUAGGAGCUGGGGGCCCAGGGCCACCCUUAUACCGACGAGCAUUGACUGUGCUGGGCAACUGGGCUGGGGCAGAAACAGAAGCUCUAGAACUAGAGUUACUCUUGGGAAGUGGCCGGCCCAAGGCAGUGCUCCAGGCCAUUGGGCAGCUAGUUCAGGCCAGACAGUGGGACCGGGUGCUGGAUGCAGGUCUGGCACUGAGCCCAUCCAGCCAUCUGCUGCAGAUGGAGAUCUUCACCAUCUUACUAGCUGAAUUUGCUCAGCAUCGCCAGUUGGAUGCCCACCUGGCUCGCCUGCGCUGCCUGUGCCCAUCAGACUUGACACUCACUGACCUCUUGCUUCUGCUGCAGAAACAUCUGCCAGAUGAAGAAGGGCCUCCAGCCCCAUUCCCUAAGGUGGGAGCUGAGCCCCCACUCACAGUUGGGCUCCUGAGAGACCUGCUAGAACAUGACAGGCCCAAAGAACAGACCCCAAACCCCUAUGAGGAUAUCCUGUGGGAUUCUGGUGCCUGUCCUCCCCACCCUAGCAGCAGGCAAUACCCCUCACAGAGCAAGAGAAGUCAGAGCUAGGAGCCUGGGGCCAGCAGUUCUAUGGAAUUGCCUUGGUCUGAGGACUCUGGGUCAGAGAGUAUAGAGAACCUGAAAGGGAGGGGUAUUUAGUUUUUCCCCAUUUCCUUAUGAGAGGGAGGGGCUCAGAAGGAUUCCUUUCA